AUGGCUGAGGAAUCAGAAUUAGUUGAAGGUUCGUGGUCAGAUGACUAAAAAAGCGAUAUUUCUUAUAAUUGGGUAGUUAAAAUGAGUGAUAUAUAAUUGAUUGAGCAAGGAAUCAAUAUUUUAGAGUUUGCAGAUAAAAUCUCUAAAAGAAAUCCUGAUAUGGAAUUUAGGUUAAUAAGAAGAAUCACAGAAACUUAAUUUCACAAUGAAGAGCUUAAAGAUUAUGAACCUAAGCUUAAUAAACUAAACAGAUAUAAUAAUAUACUUCCAUAUAAGCGCACAGAAGUAAAGCUUGAGGAAGAAUCUGACGACGAAUGCCCAUAUAUAAACGCUUCUUUUAUAAAUUCUGUACAUAAAGGCAACGGAGAAAGAAAAUUUAUUGCAACAUAAGGCCCUUUACCAGAAACAUUUAAUCAAUUCUGGAAAAUGGUUUGGAGUGAAAAUGUUUAAUGUAUAAUGAUGCUUUGUAACCUGAGAGAGAAUGAUAAAGUUUAAUGUGACUAAUAUUGGCCUUCAGGAGUUGGAGUAACAUAAUAAUAUGGUAAGCUCUCUGUAAAUUUUGAAGAUGAAGAAAUUCACUUCAAUUCUCUUUACAAAAGAAAGAUGACUCUUACAAAGCAUAAUGAAACAAGAGUUAUAUAUCAAUAUUAAUGGUCAGAAUGGAAAGAUCAUGGUAUACCAGAUGAAAAUAGUAUAAAUAUUAUUGAUGAAUUGAUUGAUAUCAUGCUCUCUGAAUACUAAUAAAAUAGAAAAUCCAUAGUUCAUUGUAGUGCUGGUGUUGGUAGAACUGGUACUUUAAUAUCACUAGUAAAUUUGGUUUUAAAUUUAAGACAUCAUCUUCCAACUAUAAAGAAUGCUGUGAUGCAAGGCAUAACAAACUUCCAUGAAAACGAACAAUUAAAAAAAUGUACUAUAAGUAUAUUUGGUAUUGUUAGAAGGCUAAGGGAGCAAAGAUGGGGUAUGGUCCAUCAUUCUGAAUAAUAUGGAUAUUUGUACAAAUACAUGAAAAUAAUAAUUGAAAGAGAAUUGUAAAAAAUAGGAGCUAACUAGCUUACAAGCGAAUCUUAGGAAGGGAAAUCUGGUUGCACCUUAAGUGUUAAUACAACUAAAAAACAAGACGGGGAGAAUAAGGUCUAGUAAGACUGA